AUGAAGAACUUCGAACUGCUCUGCCUCGCGUUUUUCUGCACAACUUGUAUGUACGUUUCUGUGGCAGGAUACCGACCUGUAAUUAUUGUUCAUGGGAUACUUGAUAGUCCCAAACAGCUCUCAGGUUUGGCGAGAUUUAUCGCUAAGUCUCACCCAGGCACUGAAGUGAUACCAGUGAACAUGUUUAACUACCUGGCCAGUUUCAAAAGACUGUGGAAACAGGUAGAGAGCAUCAAAAGGUUUGUCUACCCUAUCAUGCAAAAGGCCAAAGAUGGAGUCCAUCUCAUCUGCUUCUCACAAGGAGGACUGAUAUGUCGUGGGAUUCUUGCCACUCUUCCCACCCACAACGUUCACAGCCUGAUCUGCCUGUCCUCACCCCUCGCUGGGCAGUAUGGAGACACCAGUUAUCUCAGACACUUCUUCCCCCGUUACAUCAAACCAAGAGUCCAUCGCAUCUGUUACAAUCCUUUGGGACAGAGAAUAUCAGUCUGCAACUACUGGAAAGAUCCACACCAAGAGAAUAGGUAUCUUAAGGGCAAUAAUUACCUUCCCCUGCUGAAUGGUGAGAGAGCACAUUCAAAUAUUUUAUCGUGGAAGAGGAACUUCCUGCGCAUUAAGAAACUGGUGUUGAUUGGAGGGCCAGAUGAUGGAGUCAUUACACCAUGGCAGUCCAGUCUCUUUGGAUUUUAUGAUUCAAAUGAAAAUGUUGUUGAUAUGAAGCAUCAGAAUUGGUACCUUAAGGACACGUUUGGACUGAAAACACUGGAUGCUAAUGGAGGCCUGCACCAGUGUGUUUUUUCUGGAGUUCGUCAUACCUCCUGGCAUUCAAACUUCACUGUGUUUAGGGACUGCAUUGAACCCUGGCUUACAUAA